GAUUAAGCUAAUAUCAAUUAAAAAACAAUUGCGUGCAGUAUAAACGAGAUGUGAAUAACAAAAUUAAAUUUAAACCCAAAAAAAAACAAAUCGAAUUGUUUGAAAACCUCCAUAAGGAAAUAUAGUGCAUUUUCUAUAUAAACAGAUUAAAUUCACUGCCAGCAGCAUACAGACUUAAAACAAGAACUGAAAGUAAUUAAACAACAAGAAAUCAGUGGAAAACACUUAAAUACACUUAAAGACAGUUAUAUGUACAUACAAGAGUAUGUACAUAUAAAUCCAACCAAGUUUCAACAAAAAAGAUGAUAGGGCACCUAACUCAGGAAAAAACGUUAAACAACACAGGAGAAAAAGAACAACAACAACGGCGAUCCAAGGAGAAGCAACAACAACAACUCUUCCUGUAGCUCCAACAAAAUUAGUGACGAAGACGACGACAACAACAACAACAACAAUAAGAACUCCAGCGACACCAGCACCAACGCCAGUGCCAACCCCAACCAAAACCAGAAACAGAAACCUCCAACCCCCAAACCCCCACCCCCUACCCCAACAUUUAACAGUCAUAAAACAAAGCGCACGGGUUAUUACUCAUACGAAGGCUGUGCCUGCGCCUGUUGCUGUUGCUGUUACUGCUGCAGCUGCUGCUGCGCUGGAACUGCAUUGAACGUUAUUAUUAAAUACAAAAAUGGACAUGGACAUGGACAACAAUAACAACAACAGCGAAAGAUCUCAGGAAAUGGCAAUGGGGGCUACUAACGGGUGUGCCGAAGAAUAUUUGAUAUUUGGAUCUGCCCGUGUUGCCGUCAAUUCAAGUACACCGUAUUCGGAUGCCACACAAACAAAGAAACACUCUCCAGGCCAUAUUAAAAGACCCAUGAAUCCUUUCAUGGUCUGGAGUCAAAUGGAACGGCGAAAAAUAUGCGAAAGAACGCCCGAUUUGCACAACGCAGAGAUUUCCAAGGAAUUAGGUAGACGAUGGCGGCUCUUGAGUAAGGAGGAUAAACAGCCAUAUCAAGUUGAAGCAGAAAAGCUUCGGAAACUUCAUAAUAUUGAGUAUCCAAACUACAAGUACAGGCCACAAAAGAAACAAUCGCGAUCGUCAGCUGCUGCUGCUGGAUUGAAAUCAAAUCAAACAGACGCAGACAGCAAUGAAAGUAAAAAUGCACAGAAUGUAUCGCCCACUGAUGCCGUAAUUAAUGCAACAUCAUCCACUGCCGGUCGGAAAAAUAAAAGAUCUACCUCCACAUGUCAAUCAGCUGCAACGGUUUCAAAACGAUUGCGAAACGAAACGAGUGAUAAUUCCAAAUCUAAAUACAAUGUAAAAACAUCUUUAGAACAGCCAAACCCUGUCGAUAUGAUACUCUCUUCAACAAAUAAUCUUUUAAGCUAUGAAUCAUCUGAAUUUUUGCGUCUUAACACGAAUAGCAAUAGUGAUUGCGAUAUAAAAGUAUAUACAACAGACUCAACUAUAAGCACAAUGGAAAAUAUAACAAAUCUGAGUCAAUAUAUAACGCCCUUUGUAAACUCUCCCACCACUGACGACUCACAACAGUUGGAGAUAAAUUCGCCGUCUAAUGGUCCCACCAAUCACAAUCAUCACCCAAAUCCGGGUGUAGCCGGUCAAAUGGUAAACAUAUCCGAUAUUAGUCCCAACGAUGCCGGGGAUGCGGAUGUGUCCGAUGUGGUUUUGCAUCUAUUGUGCGACAAUAAUACAAUCAGUGAUGAACAAUUGCAUGGGGGUAUCACAACUAAUCAACAAAUAUUGGAUGCCAUUAAGUCGCACAUCAUAUUUUCGGAUAACCCUAACCUUAAUGAGCCUGCAUUCGAUUGUGAGGACAAUAUUGUAAAUGAUGCCAAUUUGCAUUCGGCUAGCCAUCAACUACCUCCAUAUGUGCCUGAUACACACGAAUGUUUUAUUGAAGACUGCGGUGCCGAUAAUUCAACGCAUCAAACCGAAUUCGAAGUUCAACCGCAGACAUUCACAAUGAAUAUUGAAAUACAUAAUAGUACACCAACAUUUGGAGGUGGCGAUGGCGGGCAUACAUUCCAAAACGAUGACUUUAAUCCGAUUCCGCCGGCAGCUGAGGAUAGUGACAGCAUUCUAACCUCUUCACAUUCGUCACAAAUUGGUUUCUGUAACAACAGUAUAAGCAAUAUUUUGGUUGAUGCAGAUGGUAUUGUGAACGCAUAUGCAACUCAAGACUACACCGGGAAUGUAAUUGGAACACAUAAUGAUCUCAACUACGAUAACAACGGAGCUCUCCUAGCUUACACAAAUGAGGAUUUACCACCUCAGCCAACUGGUAGUCAUUUAGAAUUUAAUACUAACAGAUUUGCAAGUUAUUACAAAAUGUGAGCGAUGAAAAAAAUGUGAGAAAUAUUUAAGCUUUGUGUAAUUUUAAAUUAUGUUUAUACGUUUAUAAUUAUACACCAAAAUUAUAUAUAUAUAUAUAUACUAUAUAUUAUAUACAGAUAAAAUUCCAUAUGUAAAAAAAAAAAGAUUAAAAUGCUUUGCAUAGAAAAACAUUUUCCCCCGUAGUCGUUUAAUAAAUGUAUAAAUAAACGCUGCGUGGGUUAUCUAAAUGGA